GGGAGGAGGAACACGCGCCGGUAAUGGGAUGGACGGGUAAACAUGGAGUCGCGCGUAUUUGAGCUGCCAGAGGCGAGACGAGCACUUCACCGAUGAAUGACUGACGGGUCGCUGUUCUCAGACGCCCCCUACAAAUCCCAGACCCCAUUCAUUAGAUUAACUAACGACUGAACACCGAGUUCGGGAUAUUUCUUACUUUCUGAAACGGCUGAGCACCGAUUUUAAGAUUUAUCGAGCAUCUGGACACAUCGCUGAGGAAACCAUGGAGACGGAAUCAUCCCAGUUAGCGAGUAACGGAGCGAAUGAAAGUGAGCCUCUACCGGUGGACUAUCCCGGAGGAGAGAUGCUAGCCUCUCUUGGUGUACGGAGAGGCUCCAGCGUGAAGAAACAUCACCACAAACACAACCUGAAGCACCGCUACGAGCUGCUCGAAACCCUCGGGAGAGGAACAUAUGGAAAAGUGAAGAAAGCCAUAGAGAGGCACACUGGACGAGCGGUGGCGAUUAAAUCCAUCCGAAAGGAGAAGAUUAAAGAUGAACAAGACAUGGUGCACAUCCGCAGAGAGAUCGAGAUCAUGUCUUCUCUCCGCCAUCCACACAUCAUCUCUAUAUACGAAGUGUUCGAGAAUAAGGAUAAGAUUGUGAUCGUGAUGGAAUAUGCCAGUAAGGGCGAGCUGUACGAUUACAUCAGCGAGCGCCGAAGACUCAGCGAAAGGGAGACCAGACACUUCUUCAGACAGAUUGUCUCUGCUGUUCAUUUCUGCCACAAGAACGGAGUAGUACACCGAGAUCUCAAGCUGGAAAACAUCCUCCUGGAUGACAACGGUAACAUUAAGAUUGCAGAUUUUGGUUUGUCCAACCUCUACCACAAGGACAAGCUUCUUCAAACGUUCUGCGGCAGCCCGCUGUACGCCUCCCCUGAGAUUGUGAACGGACGACCGUAUAGAGGCCCGGAGGUUGACAGUUGGGCGCUGGGCGUAUUACUAUACACUCUUGUGUACGGAACAAUGCCUUUCGAUGGAGGAGACCACCAAAGACUCAUUCGCCAGAUCAGCAACGGAGAAUACAGAGAACCGCCACAGUCAUCAGACGCUCGUGGUUUGAUCCGCUGGAUGUUGAUGGUUAAUCCAGAUCGCAGGGCUACAGUUGAGGACAUUGCAAAUCACUGGUGGGUGAACUGGGGCUGGAAGACCAGCGUGUGCGACUGCCAAACGCAAAGGGAGAACAGCUCACCCAUGCUGGCCCGCUUCAUUGACUGGCAGAACCGCACCGAGGUCCGUCCUGGCACCCCUUCCCGGUGGAAAGGGCGUCCGAAGCCCUCCUGGUUCCCCUGGAGACAAUGGGAGCUUCUCCUUGCUGGGUGA